AUGGCGUCAAAUAUUACCCUCAUUAAAGAUGCUCAAGGAGCAGAGAUCCUAUCACAACUUCGAGACCUUUCCUUAAAAACCGGUGCUGUUCGCCGACUCGUGGGGCAGCUCACCACGACCCUCACUAAGCAUGUGCUAGAAGACCCCAUUGAUGGAGAAUUGAUUGCGGUGAUUCCUAUCUUGCGUUCUGGGUUGGCCAUGGCGGAUCCAUUCUUAGCAGCCCUCGGCGAAGACGCAGAUACUGUCACCUACCACAUUGGCCUUUUCCGGGAAAAGGUUUCACUCCGGCCCGUUGAAUACUAUAACAAACUUCCUCACAAAAACCCCAGGAUCAAAAGGGCAUACAUUCUUGAUCCAAUUGUGGCUACUGGAGGCACUGCAAAGGCGGCAAUCGACAUUUUGAAGGACUGGGGUGUUGAGAAGAUCACACUAUUUUCUCUGCUUGGCAGCGAUAUUGGCCUUGAAAAAGUGGCCAACUUUUGGCCAGAGGGUACUCAAAUCUUUGUGGGAGCCAUCGACAAAGAUCUUGAUGAGAAGGGUUAUAUUAAACCAGGAAUCGGCGACAUUGGAGACCGUCUAUAUGGGACAGCUUUGGAAUGA